GCAGUAUCACUAGAUUUCUGCACCACUCAUCAAAACUCUGCGGCAUGCAGACAAGAACUGGGGGGAGGACAGUUUCCACGGAGCAGCAGCUACUCUCCGCCUGACAGCCCUUCUCCAGCUCUCCCUCGGAUGAUCAGCUGCCUCAGCUCAGCCUCUUCAUCGGCCCUCCCCUCUCUCCCACGCUGAUCACUUCUUAAAGACUUUUUUUGAGGCUCAACUUUUAUGAGAAGAUGGCAAAGGACGGCGAAAAGAGCGAAUGGAAGGAGUAUAUAUGGAACCCGAGGACGAGGGAGUUCCUGGGCAGGACGGCGAGCAGCUGGGGUCUGAUCCUCCUCUUCUAUCUAGUCUUCUACAUCUUCCUGGCCGGACUGUUUGCCCUCACCAUGUACGUGAUGCUGCAGACCCUGGAGGAACACAAGCCCACCUGGCAGGACCGCCUCACCACGCCAGGGAUGGUGAUCAGACCUAAAGCAGAUGAAGCCCUGGAGAUUGUUUACAACAUUCACAAAACCGAGAGCUGGGACAUGUACGCUCAGGCGCUGGACAAGUUCCUGGAGCCCUACAACGAGACCGUGCAGGUGCAGAACAACGACCAGUGUGUGCCGGACCGGCACUUUGUGCAGGAGGAUAGCGGCGACGUGAAGAACAACCCCAAACGCUCGUGCCAGUUCAACCGCACCGUGCUGGAUGCUUGCUCUGGCAUCGGCGACCGUUACUAUGGUUACCACGACGGACGGCCCUGCAUCAUCAUCAAGCUGAAUCGGGUGAUCGGGAUGCUGCCAGGACUGGAGGGGCAGGCGCCGUAUGUCACCUGUGGGGCAAAGAGGUACAAAGUUGGCAAAAACGAAUGGAGGGAAGACACCGACAAGAUUGGAGAGAUGCUUUACUUUCCUCCAAACGGAACCUUCAACCUCAUGUACUAUCCAUACUACGGCAAGAAAGCUCAGGUGAACUACUCGCAGCCUUUGGUGGCCGUCAAGUUCCUCAACAUCACUCAGAACGAAGACGUCAACAUCGAGUGCAAGAUCAACGCCAACAACAUCCCCACCGGCAGCGAAAGAGACAAGUUUGCCGGGCGAGUGUCUUUCAAGCUGCGGAUCAACUCGGUGAACUAGCUCCUCCUCCGGCGGGCGACUUCUCUGCGACAGAAACCGAUGGCAGAAUUCCCACCCCAACACGUUUACAACCCCCUUCCUGGGGGAAAUGGUAUGCUAAGAGGAGGUGGUGCUGAGGUUGUGGGUGCUAAUCCUGUGAUUGAUUUUGUCUGUGAGCUUUGGGACAAAUUAUUUUCUGUAUAUUAGUUUGAGGUGAUAUCUAUUUAUACUGCAUGACCGACUAGGGGACAUAAGACGGAUGUAAACGUGUGUUCAAAGUUUGCAAGGAUCCGCAACAUAUUUAAUUGCUGUGCCCCUCCCCCCUCUGCCGCCUCUGUACGCACACGGCGUGUAUACUAACGGUACUAUUUACAACGUAACCUAAACAAGCGUAACGCCCAGUUUCUUGCACUCGAACGAAUAAUCCAACUUAUAUCGCGAUGGAUGGAUGCAGAGGUGAAGCCAUUUUGCAUGUGUAUAUUGUCUUUAACGUGCUAUGAGGGCAGGGGGCGCUGGAGUCCGACUAACCUUCACCACUGACCACCAGGAGGAACCGCUAGUGUGUACUGAAAAAUUGUUGUAAUGUCAAAGCAAUGAAGAAAAUGAAGGUGAUAUUAAAGUGUGUGUGAGAGAGAGAUCAUGUAUCAUUCAAAAAAAUGUUUUUUUUUUAAACAAAAGAAGACAAAUUGAGGGCAAAAUCGGAAAACUUCAACCCUACUAUGGAAAGGGUGAAGCGCAGUCAGAAGCCAAUUUUCUAAUGUUUUCAUAUUUAUAGUGAGAUUUUAAAAGGAAAAACAAGUAUACCUACGCUAUAUUUGAAGUUGACACAGCACUUUUGGUGAAAUGCUACACUUCAACAAGUGGUUUAAAUUAGCAAGGCGCUUGGGUUAACAAGUGCCUUGGUCCUGGGAGACUAGCAUCCUUGUAGGUAUUCAACUUGGUCCUAAAAGGCCCAAGCCGGAUCAAGAUCAACUUGUUUAUGGUAAAUUUGCAGAGUAACUAUAGAGUUGGAUUUAUGAAUGAUACUUGCAUCUUGUCUGUGUGUGUGUGUGUGUGUGUGCGUGUGUGUGUGUGUGUGUGUGUGUGUUUUCACUUCAUUAAUCAUCAAAAGUAGGUCGGGAAGUUGCAUGCAGUGUGCAAUACACAUCAACUGACAUUGUUGUUUUAUUUAAACCCUUCAGUCAUGUGUUUUAUGGAACUGACAGAAUAGACACCGAUGAGGAGAAUCACAUUGGCACAACUUAUUGAUAUAAAAUUAGGAAAACAAUGUCUCCAUUUAUAUCCCAAAAAACUGACUGAGGCUCCCUCAAAAAAGAAAAACAGCGAUUUUGAUGGAGAACAUGCUUUUUAAAUAUAAUAAAAUAUCAAAGUGAAAGUGAUACUUUUCCUCAAAUGCAUUUAUACGAAUAAUAAUACAUAUUUAUAACUUUUUGUGGACUCAAAAAAAAAAAGAUGGAGGAAGAAUCAGUUGAGUCCAGCAGUAUACCCUCAUAGCUAUAUAGUUUUUUUUCCUAUUGAAACGUCUCUAUUUCUGUCAGGAAGCAGAUGAUUUUUGCUUCAGUGUGCACUCAUGUGCUUCUCUUUUUCUUAUGUGUGAGCGGAUUUGUGAAAGACGUUUCUGUUCCCCUUCAUCCUCACGAGUUUCUGUUCUCGGACGUGACAUUUGGUGCUUCCCUCCUCGCGUGGAGCCACAGCUGAGAUUGCCACCGUGACAAAAACAGAGGGUUGGAUUUGUGUGAAUGUGUUACUACAGUAACCGUAUCACAGAUGGUGACUCAGCAAAUAUGGAAGCAUCCGUUGAGUCAUGUUAGUCUGGUCGUGUUUAAGCCCAAAUACACACUCAUGCAACAUGUUGAUGAAUGACUGAAUGAAUUUAUUUUUUAUUUUUAAACAAAAUCAUCUCAUUUUAAGUUGAUAUUAUUCAAUCUUUUUCUCCCAAUAUACAACUGAUCUACUCCUUCUUUAUUUCUCUACUACUCUGCUUUAGGUGGUUAUUUAUUAUCGAUGAAUCUUAGUUUUGUGUGGAAAAUUUGCCUCCUCUCCCCCAACCUGACUCCCAUCGCUUCACUUUCAAGCCAUCAGUCUUCUCAUGUUUGAGAUUUCUCCUGUGACAUUCCCCCUGACACUUACUUAAUUUCACUCUAAUCUCUUAAUCUGUGGGGCUAAUCCACGCUGAACUUCUUUACCUCACUCUGUCGCUCCUCCUCGUGUCUUGAAUUUAGAGCUUCAUGUUCCACCUUGUGCUCGCUUGUCAUUUUACUUUGGUUGGCUUCUCCACCUGACCCGGGCAGGAACAUCAUCCAGGAUUAUUUUAUUCAACCAAAGAUCUUCAUUUGUGUGUGGAACCAGAGUGCAGAUGCUGUUAAAAAAAGUACUCUUAUGUAAUAACCUAAUACGCACAAGUUGUUCCACUUUGACAUAACAGUGCCUCCUGGUGGACAGAAGCGAGAUGUUCCCCAGUGUUAGAAUGUUAUUUCCUCUUUUCUUCGUUCCUCUGGUGAGGUCCACAGAAAGCAAUAUCUUUAUUUCCUCGUGUGGCUGCGUGAUGUAAACAAUCCUUGGAGAGGCGAGGCAGAUCGAAUGCACAUUGUCUGCAUUAUUCUGAUGAAAAAUGACAUUGUUUUGUCGAUUUAAAGAGUAUUUUUAUCGCUAUUUUUGUUGUAAAGAGCUGAGAAUGUAGUAGCUUAGGUCGUAUCACUGGAGAUGCCGGGAUUCAUUUAGACAAACUUCAUUGAUAUUUUUGAGAGUCAUGAUAGUGGUUACAAAGAAACCCAAAUUUAAGAGUUUAAGAAUCAAGAAAGCAACAAGCCCUUUAUUACCUCUUGAUCGUUCUUCUGCCUUGAAGGAGCAAUAUUUAAUUUCGCUGCCCAAACCGACAAAACUCGACUCUGCGUCUUUAUUUAUUUAUUUAUUUUUUUGCUCUGACUGUAUAUUUUUGCUCAUGUUUACUGCAAACCAAGAUAGAACAUUAAUAAAUGUCAUUUAAGGAAACUCAAA